UUGUUGCAUAGUGGAGACCCGCUAGCUGCCAUUUCCUUUGCUUCAGAGGGAGCCCCUGCUAAAGUUGCUUCCAAAUGUCAACCGCCAAAGUGCUGGAUCCUGCUUUUCAGGGAGCUGGCCAAAAAGUUGGGACAGAAAUUUGGCGAAUUGAAGAUUUUAAGCCUGUUCAAUUGCCAAAAGCUGAUUACGGUAAAUUUUACUCUGGAGAUUCAUAUGUGAUUUUACAGACAACCUGUCCUAAGGGUGGUGCAUAUCUGUAUGACAUCCACUUCUGGAUUGGGAAAGACUCAAGCCAAGAUGAAGCUGGCACUGCAGCAAUCAAGACGGUCGAGCUCGACUCUAUACUUGGGGGGCGCGCAGUCCAGUAUAGGGAACUCCAAGGCUAUGAAUCUGACAAGUUCCUGUCAUACUUCAAACCUUGCAUUAUACCUAUGGAGGGUGGUUUUGCCUCUGGGUUCAAGACGCCUGAAGAGGACAAGUUUGAAACACGGUUAUAUAUCUGCAAAGGGAAGAGAGCUAUUAGAAUUAAGCAGGUCCCCUUUGCACGUUCAUCAUUAAACCAUGAUGAUGUAUUCAUCUUAGAUACUGAAAAGAAAAUUUAUCAAUUCAAUGGCGCUAACUCCAAUAUCCAAGAAAGGGCUAAAUCAUUGGAAGUGAUCCAACAUUUAAAGGAGAAGUACCAUGGGGGUGUGUGUGAUGUGGCAAUUGUUGAUGAUGGAAAACUACAAGCAGAAUCUGACUCUGGUGAAUUUUGGGUUCUUUUUGGAGGUUUUGCACCAAUUGGCAAAAAAAUUGUUAGUGAUGAUGAUGUUGUACUUGAAACAACAGCACCCAAGCUCUACAGUAUAAAUGAUGGUCAAUUAAAGUUGGAAGAUAUUACUCUUACAAAAGCAGUCCUUGAGAACACAAGAUGUUUCUUACUUGACUGUGGGGCUGAAAUGUUUGUAUGGGUUGGUCGGGUAACACAGCUGGAGGAUAGGAAAGCUGCCACUAAAGCAGUUGAGGAAUUCAUCAUUAGUCAGAAAAGGCCAAAGACAACAAGAGUGACUCAAGUGAUUCAAGGUUAUGAGAGUCAUGCAUUCAAGUCAAAAUUUGAAUCAUGGCCAGCUGGCAAUGUAGCAGCGAGCACAGGUGCUGAGGAUGGGCGGGGAAAAGUUGCAGCUUUACUGAAGCAACAAGGUGUGGAUGUAAAGGGAGCUGCAAAAAGCAGCACUCCAGUAAACGAGGAAGUUCCUCCUUUGCUUGAAGGAGGUGGAAAACUUGAGGUCUGGUGCGUUGAUGGAAAUGCUAAGACCCCGCUGCCAAAAGAGGACAGUGGAAAAUUUUACAGUGGAGACUGUUAUAUCAUUCUUUAUACAUAUCAUUCGGGCGACAAGAAAGAAGAAUAUUAUCUCAACUACUGGAUUGGGAAGGAUAGCACGGCGGAUGAUAAACUGGUGGCAGCUGAAUUAGCCAACACGAUGUGGAAUUCACUGAAAGGAAGGCCUGUUAUGGGCCGUAUUUAUCAAGGGAAGGAACCACCACAGUUUGUUGCUCUUUUCCAACCCAUGGUUAUCUUGAAGGGUGGAAUCAGUUCUGGAUACAAGACGAUCGCAGACGAAAAGGGUGUGGGCAGUGGGACUUACUCUGCUGAAGGCAUAGCUCUAUUUCGAAUAUCUGGAACCGCAAUCCACAGCAAUAAGACGCUUCAAGUUGAUUCGCUAGCUACAUCUUUAAGCUCAACAGAUUGUUUUGUAUUGCAAUCUGGAAAUGCUAUGUUUACAUGGCAUGGUAAUUCUAGCACUUAUGAGCAACAGCAGUGGGCUGCAAAAGUUGCUGAAUUCUUAAAGCCUGGUGUAGCAGCGAAACAUUGCAAGGAGGGAACAGAGAGUUCCGCUUUCUGGUUUGCUCUUGAUGGAAAACAGAGCUAUACAAACAAAAGUACCGCACAAGAUGCUAUUGUUAGAGAGCCUCAUUUGUAUGCCUUCUCACUUAGGAAAGGGAGACUGGAGGUUACUGAGAUCUUCAACUUCUCUCAAGAUGACAUGUUGACUGAAGACAUGAUGAUUCUUGAUACGCACGGUGAAGUCUUUAUUUGGAUUGGUCAGUGUGUGGAAUCAAAAGAGAAACUUAAAGCAUUCGAUAUUGGCCAGAAAUACAUAGAGCACGCGAUGUCUAUUGAAGAUCUUUCUCCAUAUGUACCGCUUUAUAAAGUCUCUGAAGGAAACGAGCCGUGCUUCUUCAAGACAUACUUCUCUUGGGACAACACAAAAUCUGUGGUUCAUGGAAAUUCGUUCCAAAAGAAACUUUCACUUCUUUUUGGAUUACGCUCGGAGGGCACAUCAAGGAGCUCUGGUAAUGGUGGACCCACUCAAAGGGCGUCUGCAUUAGCAGCUCUAUCAUCUGCAUUUAAUCCAUCUUCGCAGCAGAAGCAGGCUAAUGAUCGGCGUGCAAGCUCGGGUGAUUCUGGACCCACACAGCGUGCCUCAGCGUUAGCUGCCUUAUCCAAUGCAUUUAAUCCAUCCUCAAAAACAAAAACUCCACUCCCUUCUCGUUCAGGUCAAGGUUCACAAAGAGCAGCUGCGGUUGCUGCACUGUCCUCUGUUCUGACUGCUGAGCAGUCUGGAUCAUCUGACAAUCUACGAGCUAGCAAGACAAGCACAACGGCGCCCACAACAACGCCCACAACAGCGCCCACAAUAGCGCCCACAACAGCGGAAAAGACUGAUGCUGAGGUUGUCGUAAUAACUCCAUCUGAGGCAUCUCCUCGCUCUGAAGCUGGGGAGUCUUCGGAAUUUCAGUCAGAGAAAGAUGCUGUAGUAGAAGAGAAAGAUGCUGUAGUAGAAGAGGUGCCAUCCGAGGGAGAUGGAGCAGAGCCUGCGACAGCACAGGAACAAACGACCGAGCAUGUUGGUGAAGCAACAUUUAGCUAUGACCGCUUGAUAUCUAAAUCUACCAAUCCAAUUCGUGGGAUAGACUACAAACGCAGAGAGGCAUACUUAUCGGAGAGUGAAUUCCAGACUGUUUUUGGUAUCUCCAAGGACGCAUUCUACAAACAGCCAGGAUGGAAGCAAGAGUUGCAGAAACGGAAAACUGAUCUCUUCUGAAUAAACUACUGUUUAUGGUUCUCCUGCAGAAUGAGAUCAAUCAUAUGUGGUUGUUUUUAUCUCUCAUGAUUGAUUGCCAAGAUCGUGAGUACGUCUGCCCCCAUUGUUGGUCAUUUUGUGUGGACAGCUACCGGGUCAGUUGGUUUUGCGAUUUUUGUAGGCCAUUCUUUCAUUUGUACAUGGACUGUGUUGUGCUUUCCAUUGGUCCUAAUAUGCUCUAUCUUGUUUUGUGAUUGUGCAUAUGUGUAUAUUAUCUUUGGGUUGUUUGGUUUGUUUACGAAUACAUAUGGGCUUAACUCUAGGUUUUGGAAGGUCAUUUUGUACUGUACCUCGGACAUUUGUGUUGCCUAUAUAUUUAGUUGUGCUGUUGAAGAUU